AAACUUCCAGUUCCAGUCCCCGACCAAAACCAAACUCCAUUCGUUUGUCAUCUGAGUCUAACAGAAGCAAGCAGAGAGCCGGAUAUCAUAAUUAAGCGUCAAAAAUGAAGAUAAUGGUGGCUAUAAAACGAGUUGUCGACUACGCCGUGAAGAUUAGGGUGAAACCCGAUAAGACCGGAGUUGAGACCAGUAACGUCAAGAUGUCAAUGAACCCAUUUUGCGAGAUAGCGUUGGAGGAAGCUCUCAGGAUCAAGGAAUCAGGGUUAGCCUCCGAGGUUGUCGCGGUCAGUAUGGGCCCCUCACAGUGCGUGGAUACUCUGCGGACGGGUCUAGCUAUGGGAGCUGAUAGAGGGAUUCAUGUUGAGACCAUCUCUGUGCUGUAUCCAUUGACCGUCGCCAAGAUCUUGAAGAGUCUUGUAGAGGUUGAGAAGCCCGGUUUGCUUAUUCUGGGAAAGCAGGCAAUUGAUGAUGAUUGCAAUCAAACGGGGCAAAUGGUUGCAGGGUUGCUCAGCUGGCCACAAGCUACCUUUGCUUCUAAGGUUGUUUUGGACAAGGAGAAACAAGAAGCAACUGUAGAUAGAGAAGUAGAUGGUGGUCUUGAGACACUAUCAUUAGACUUACCUGCAAUAAUCACGACUGAUUUGAGACUAAACCAACCAAGGUAUGCAACACUUCCCAACAUAAUGAAGGCAAAAUCGAAAGUCAUUACAAAAUAUACUCCACAGGAGCUGAAUGUGGACAUCAAGUCUAAUUUUGAGGUUAUUCAAGUGACUGAACCUCCCAAGAGAAAGGCUGGGGUCAUUGUUUCUUCUGUUGAUGAGUUGAUUGACAAGCUCAAAAAUGAAGCUCAUGUUAUUUGAUUUUCUUUUUUAAAUUUCUCAAGUAACUUUCUACCAAGGAAAUGCAAAUAUGCAGCAAACUAGCAUUUAUUUCAAUAAAAUGCCUGGUCCUUUAAUCCAA